UGGGGUUGUCAUUCGCGUCAUUGCGUCUCUUUGUUUUUAUUGCUAUUCCGUGGAGUUUUUGGCUCGCUUUUCCGUGCAUAAUGUCUCACUCGCACUGCUGCAACCACGGCUCAUCUAGCUCUGCAGAUCCCAAUGAGAUAGGCGUCAACUAUAGUUUGUACACGAAGAUUGAUUUAGACAACGUGGAGUGCCUAAAUGAGGCUGCCGAAAAUUCAGGAAAGUGCGUCUUUCGAGCCUUCGAGGAGCGCUUUGACGCCGAGAAGUGUGUGGAGAGCGACGCUGAUCCCGAACUGCUGUUCAACAUCCCCUUCACAGGCAACGUGAAGCUGAAGGGCAUCAUUGUGAUGGGAUCUGAUGACAAUACGCACCCGAAUCACCUAAGACUGUUCAAGAACCGCCCAAAGAUGACAUUCGACGACACCAACGCGAAGCCCGAUCAGGAGUUUCAGCUGACGAUCGACCCAAAUGGCACUGUUGAGUACAACACAAAGCCAGUGGUCUUUUCAUCCGUGCACCACCUUUCACUGCACUUUCCGGGCAACUUCGGCGAGGACUCCACCAAGAUACACUAUAUCGGCCUGAAGGGAGAGUUCACCGAGGCUCACCAUCACGGCGUGACAAUUUGCAACUACGAAGUGCGGCCGAAUGUGUCAGACCACAAGGGAAGCGUUUACGACAGUGUGAAUCACGAGAUAAGAUAAGAAUUAAACACUCUCUUU